AUGGGUUCAGCACAAAAGCUAGAACUACACGGGGAUCAGUCAAGAAAUGGGUCUAAUUUGAAUAACCCAUGGCCGCGGCCACCUUCGACGGCGGUGCAGCCACUGCGCAUGCCACCUGCACCACCAAUGGCAAUUCCAUUGAUAUCCCUCAAAGAAGAGCCUGAUGAUCAUGGGGAAGACAAACCGCCUAUACCGAUGGCCAGGUCGUCACAGCCGCUGCCCAUGCCAACGCCUUUACAAAUGAGACAGCCGGUAGCUCCACCUACGCCGCCGAAAAGAACUUCCACAAAAGACAGGCACACUAAAGUGGAAGGGCGAGGGAGAAGAAUCAGAAUGCCAGCCACUUGUGCAGCCAGGGUGUUUCAGUUAACCAAAGAGCUCGGCCACAAGUCUGACGGCGAGACCAUCAGAUGGCUCUUGGAGCAUGCGGAGCCAGCCAUCAUUGCCGCCACCGGUACCGGCACCGUUCCUGCCAUUGCCAUGUCAGUUAACGGUACCCUAAAAGUCCCCACCACCUCCCCUGCGGCUGCUGAUAACAGUAACACCGUCAAAAGGAAACGCAAGCGUCCAUCCAAUUACAGUGCUGAUCAGCACGUAAAUAUGCCCACCAACACCGACGACAAUGUUGCCACCAGCACCGGUAAUACUAGCACCAGCAGCACCACCACCAUGUCCACAUUUUCCAGUAACAAUCCCUCCAUUUUGGCCCCAUUAAUGGCAAUACAGCCUAGUACUAGUACUACUAACGCAUCUCCAGCUAUGGUUCAGAACCCGGCGAUUCUACAGGUCCCGUUGGUAGCUGCUAUUCCAGUAGUAACAAAUAUUUCGCCAACAUUUUUCAUCCUCCCUCCUCCUCCUCAGGUGCCAUCAUCAUCAUCAACCAACGUUCCCAGUCAUGUUGCAGCGAAUCAGUCUCAAAUUCUGGCGAUUCCCCCGAAUGUGAAUGUGAAUGUGACCCCGUUCAUCAACGUUUCCGCCAGGCCAAUUUCAGCAUUCAUUGCAUCAUCAUCUACAACACCAUCCGCUGCAAAUGCGUUGAAUAUUCAGCAAUUGCCAAGAUUUUUAAAUGUGGUGAGGGGCCCGACAACAAUGGAAAACCUUCGAGUAAAUUCUAGUGCUACGUUGUUGCCUUCUUCUUCUUCAACCUCGUCCGAUAAAUCUCCUAGCACGAGAACACAGGUUUUGAGGGAAUUUUCCUUGGAGAUUCAUGAUAAGCAUGAGCAGCAAAAUUAA